AUGCGACCUCUUCCCUCUCCCCUCCCUCCUGACUCAAGCUUCGAACCAACUCAAUUGAAGAGGUCGCGCUUCACCGAACCAUCAUCUCGCUCCAACAUUUCUGGGUUCCCUCACAGGAUUCUUGGGCAACGGACAGUUCCGCCUCGACUCGCUCGACACGGGGCUGAUACGACGCGAGAUCCAAGAAUACCAGGGGCCACAAAGGGCAACCGGGCCGAGGACAUCGUGGGCCAUCCAUCUUGCGGGGCCUCCGUCAUCCUGCCUCUUGUCUUCGGGGGACCUCGUCUGGUUCUCCUAAGCACCUUGUAUGCGCCUCAGGGGCAGCACGACUUAUACGACGCCAAGCCUUGGGCUGUUCUCGCCCCAGGUACAAACACUAUCAUGGCCUCCACCUAUGUGCUGCCGGGGACGACAAUGCCCACCUCCCACCGGCACCACGGCCACAAGCAUGGGCAUUCUCGUUCGCGCUCGCCCUCGUCACUCGGCUCCUUGAACAGAUCUUUCAAGAUGGACUCGAGCUUUAGCAUCCCAGCACCAAAUCACGACAGCGACCACGACCACGGGCAUGACCAUUCGCACUCGCAUAGCCACUCCGAGCCGCAUACCCACGAUCACGGCUCGCACGUACACAUGCACCACGCGAAUUCAAUGCAGCCGCGCCAAAACGUUCCUGCCCCGCUGCUACCCAACAACGGGUGGAAGAUGACUUCUACCUCCAAGGGAAAACAACUUAUAACCCCCAUAACCGCGUCUUUCUCUGAGCAGGAGCAGUACGAAGCACCAGAGGUGCAGGGCUCCGAACCACCGCACGAUCACUCUGCCGAACGCUCAAGAUUCACCAACAUGCUACUCCCGUAUACCUCAAAAUGGCCCAUAUUACAUGCUGUGAUGACGGAGAAAGACUCGAGGAGGAUUUUCUAUUUCAUGAGUCUGAACUUCUUUUUCAUGGCCAUUCAGGCCUUUUAUGGUUACAUUACGGACUCUCUUGGCUUGCUGAGCGACAGUAUACACAUGUUCUUCGACUGUGUUGCUCUUGGUGUUGGUCUGUUUGCUUCUGUCGCGAGUAAAUGGCCGCCCAGUGCACGCUUCCCCUACGGCUUUGGCAAGAUCGAGACGCUCAGUGGUUUCGCCAAUGGUGUAUUCCUGGUCCUAAUCAGCGUCGAAAUUAUGAUCGAGGCCGUGGAGCGGAUCAUCGAGGGCAGGGAGACUAAGAGGCUGGCUGAGCUGUUCAUCGUGAGCAGCCUCGGCCUGGCGGUGAACCUUGUCGAGAAGAGCGACCAUUCGCAUGAUCAUGGUCAUGAACACGAUCACCACACUCACGGAGAGGCUAACGGGCAUGGGCAUCACCACCACCACCACCACCAUUCUCAUUCGCAUGAUAAUGAGAACAUGAUGGGCAUAUAUCUGCAUGUUUUGGCGGACACCCUCGGCAGUGCAGCCGUCAUCGCUUCGACAGCAAUUACACAUUUCAUCCCCUGGUCCGGCUGGGAUCCCAUAGCUUCCUUCCUGAUCGCAGCGCUGAUCAUGGGGUCUGCGAUACCAUUGGUCAAAUCAUCUGCACGGCGACUUCUUCUGACCAUCCCAGACGACAUCGAGUAUACUCUACGGGAGACAAUGUCGGGAAUUCCGGAACUGCGCGGUGUUGCAAGCUACUCGGUGCCUAAGUUCUGGAUCGAUGACAGGUUCUCGGGUGAAGAUGCGCAAGCAGGCAAGCUGAUGGGCGUCAUGCACGUCGUCGCUGUUCGUGGCGCUGAUAUGGGGGACGUCCGAGAUCGCGUACGAAAGUACCUUGCAGCGAAAAACAUCGAUGUCACGUUGCAGGUCGAGCGGGAAGGCGACGGCACUUGUUGGUGCGGCGUCGGGAAGACCCCACUGACCCCGUUGAGUCCCCCAGGAGGAUCGCAGAGCCUGAAGGCGCGUUAG